AUGGCGGACCAAAAGGGCAAAGACAAAGAUGCCGCGUCCAUCAUUGCGGCGGCGUCGCGGCCUAGAAAACCAACGACGCACCAGACCUCGGUCGAGGCCGACGCCCGCAAAACCCUGUGGUGCGAGACGCAGUGGACGAACUUGAGCAUGCAGGCCAAACGGCUCGAUAUGCCGAAACUGCCGUACUUUGAGGCCGAUACUAUGCUGUUGUCUAAGGACGUCAAUCGGAAGUUGUGGGUUCAGCUGACUCGACUCUGGGAAUCCCUCGGCCCCGACCGUGCCCCCUACGCGACCCCGAUCCUCCUCGAAGGCGGCGAGGUUAAAUGGCACUCGUUCAUCAACGGCGACAAAGGCAACGAGGCCGAGAUCUACGAUAACGUCGUCGAUGCGUUCAUGAGCGACUCUGUUCGGCCCGGGUGGUAUGACGAUUGA